UAUCCUCCUUAAAAUAACAGGAGAAAAAUCAUCUACAGCUCUUUCGGAUGUAAGACGAGCCACACUGGAUGAGAAUUGACUCUUGUUUGUGACUUUUUUCCACCCCCACAGGAACAUUUUCCAUCACCGGAGUCAAGGAAGAGACUCUGUAGGGCACACCUUUGGAUAGUUUCCUGACAGUUUGGAAACAUCUGCUGAAGAAAUGGGAUGCUUUGGUUUCCUCAAGUUUAUGAUGUUCCUUUUCAAUGGGAUCAUCUUUGUAGCAGGUGCAGCCAUCCUGGGUGUUGGCAUCUGGGUGAAGGUGGAUAGCGGCUCUAUCCUGGGCUUCCUAGGGAGCAUUGAUAACGCACCCGCAGAGCUCAAUCAGGUGCUCAAUGUGGGCUACCUGCUGAUCGCCGUCGGCGCACUGCUGGUCAUCAUCGGCUUCCUGGGCUGCUGCGGCGCUGCCAGAGAGAGCAAGUGCAUGCUGCUGCUGUUUUUUAUCAUAAUCCUGCUGGUCUUCAUAGCAGAGGUUGCAGGAGCUGUGGUGAUCUUGGUCUUCAGACCUUUGGCCGAAGAGUUAUUUGCCAAGCUUGGUACGGCAGCCGUGAAGAGCAUAAAGAAGGACUAUGGGAAGAACGCUGACAUUACAGGACUGUGGGAUACAACAAUGAACACAUUAAAAUGUUGUGGAAUCUACAACUCGUCAAACUUUGUUGACUCUCCAUAUUAUAUGGCCAACAACAAUCAAUACCCGCCUCCGUGCUGCGCUUCUGCUGAUAAUAAGCCCUGUAAUCAAACAGUGAUCGACAAUUUCUCGACGGUUCCAGGUUGCUUUGCAAAGAUAGAGCAGUUGAUUGAUGACAACACAGAGGUGAUUGUUGGCGUGGCGCUGGGAAUCGCAGCUCUUGAGAUAUGCGCCAUGACUGUUUCCAUGAUCCUUUACUGCAAGAUAGAUUCCAAGUCACGCUAGCUGCCACAGUCACUUCUCAUUCUGCCUGUAACCGGUUUUAUUUAGUAGAAAUGUGUCAUUUCAGUAAUCAGAAUGACUGAAAUAUAUAUUUUUGUUCAGUUUAAACAUAGCAAUGAUAACUUUAUGCAUAACAUUACAGCUCCUGCUAGAGAAUAUUUAACAUGUCAGAAAGAAUAUUGCCUGUAUGACAUAAUAUUCAGGAAUUACAUAACGAAAUGGAACAAGGAAAUGCCUAAUUUGUUGCCAUGACGCAAUAAGAAGUGAUCUGUACAUUUGUUAUAUGCAAUAUGAUUCAUUU